GUAAAGUUUACAUACCUCGACAUCCAUGUCCAUGUCCAUGUCCAUGUCCAUGUCCAUGCCUACACUCGGAACUAGUUAAUAAUUGUUUUCCUUUUCUCAAGCAUUUCUCUCUCCUUCUUACAUAGCAUUGGCAGGAAUAGUUACCAGCUUCAUUCUCUCCAUCUUGUCUUGUCUAAGCUCUCCUUUCGUUCUUUUUGGUGGUUUAUAGAGCAGUGAACUCGACUUGAUUUUCGGAACACGAUAAUGCACGCGUCUACCUCGGUUGCUACGGCAGCAACAGUGCUGUUCUCUUUGGCUUCUGCCGCGCCCAAUCUUCGUCCUAGGCAGACAGACUCUGCUCUUGCGCCAUGGGUCACUGUCAAUGAAGAUGGAAACCCAAGCACUGUCACGCCUGUUCUGAGCACCAUCAGCGGAACUCCUACCGUCAUAUCCGGCGCUCCUCACGAUUUGACUGCCACCGUCUUUACCGAAACCAACUAUGGAAAGGUAUCUACAAGCACAGGCACUGGCCCAAGUCCCACCGCAACCGGUAGUGAAGGUGCUGGGUCGUUCCCAAUCUGCCACAACAAAGAUGGCGCCAAUGCUCCAUGGUGCUUGCCAGCCGAGGGUACCGAUUUGUACCCCGGUACUACGUAUUAUUUCACUUGGGACACUUCCUACUUUACGGCUCCUAAUACGACCAUCCUAGUUCAGGGCAACUACUUGAACGAGACCACAGGUGAAAUAACAGAUCAGGCUUUUGAAUCCCCCAAGUGGACUGCUUCUUGGGGCUUCUGGAGCUACAAGAUUGACGCCAGCUUGAUGAAGUACCAAUCAGCCAAGAACAUCACCUUGCAGCUCGCUACAUUGUCCGCGAACGGUAACUCGAGUCAAAUCAUUAAGGGACCUAGGAUUCAGGUCACACAGGUCCCUGGUCCUCAGCCAGACCCGGGCAAAAUCCCUGAUGCGAAAGCACUGUACAUUGCUUUGCCGACUGUGCUUGGUUUCAUUGCCCUCUGCGUCGUUGGAACUUGUCUCUGGAACAGAAGGGCCCGUAAGAUCGAGAUUGGAAACAUCAUGUCGCGUAGCAGAAACGGAUAUGGUGUGGGCAAGAGCGCGAAAUCACGAAUGGGUCUUGGCAAGAAGAACAAGGCUAACGAGCGCAUUCAACUGAUGCAACGUGAGGUCGAGGCUGAGGGUGGUGAGGUUUACCAUGAUGAGCCAGGCCGUCCCAGACGUGAUAGCGAUGCUCUCGGCAGUUUGGCUGGGACCCCAACCGAUGACCACCGUAUGGACUUUGAUGGGCUUGACUCGCGAGACCACUAUCAGGGAGACAGAAAUGUGUUCCGGGAAGAAGUAAGGAGACAGCAUGAUGGGAGGUUUUAGAGAAUCCUCUGGAAGCCUAUACUUGGAGAGCCACAACUCAAAAUAAGUUAUCGUCGGAUCUGAUAACUUGGCUGACACCCCUAUUUUUUGAUUAACGAAAGACACGCAUGUCACACAGUACACGAUAUAUAUUUUAUCUUCUACUUGUAGAUCCGUCUUGUCUAGGUUUACGAUAUUGUUAUGGAAGCAAAUGGCGAAGAAGUACUACGAUUAGCUUAUGGUUUUACGUUAGACAAAGGAACAGAUAGAAUAAA